AUGCUACCACAUCUUAAGAGCGCAUGCACAGGGAGCGCAUGCACAGGGAGCGCAUGCCAUCUUCGUUUCCCCGUCUCACCGCACAUGCAUGUCGUCUCACCGCACAUGCAUGUGGUCUCACCGCACAUGCAUGUCGUCUCACCGCACAUGCAUGUCGUCUCACCGCACAUGCAUGUCGUCUUACCGCACAUGCAUGUCGUCUCACCGCACAUGCAUUUGGUCUCACCGCACAUGCAUGUGGUCUCACCGCACAUGCAUGUGGUCUCACCGCACAUGCAUGUGGUCUCACCGCACAUGCAUGUGGUCUCACCGCACAUGCAUGUCGUCUCACCGCACAUGCAUGUGGUCUCACCGCACAUGCAUGUCGUCUCACCGCACAUGCAUGUGGUCUCACCGCACAUGCAUGUCGUCUCACCGCACAUGCAUGUCGUCUCACCGCACAUGCAUGUCGUCUCACCGCACAUGCAUGUCGUCUCACCGCACAUGCAUGUGGUCUCACCGCACAUGCAUGUGGUCUCACCGCACAUGCAUGUGGUCUCACCGCACAUGCAUGUGGUCUCACCGCACAUGCAUGUGGUCUCACCGCACAUGCAUGUCGUCUCACCGCACAUGCAUGUGGUCUCACCGCACAUGCAUGUGGUCUCACCGCACAUGCAUGUGGUCUCACCGCACAUGCAUGUGGUCUCACCGCACAUGCAUGUGGUCUCACCGCACAUGCAUGUGGUCUCACCGCACAUGCAUGUGGUCUCACCGCACAUGCAUGUGGUCUCACCGCACAUGCAUGUGGUCUCACCGCACAUGCAUGUGGUCUCACCGCACAUGCAUGUGGUCUCACCGCACAUGCAUGUGGUCUCACCGCACAUGCAUGUGGUCUCACCGCACAUGCAUGUGGUCUCACCGCACAUGCAUGUGGUCUCACCGCACAUGCAUGUGGUCUCACCGCACAUGCAUGUGGUCUCACCGCACAUGCAUGUGGUCUCACCGCACAUGCAUGUGGUCUCACCGCACAUGCAUGUGGUCUCACCGCACAUGCAUGUGGUCUCACCGCACAUGCAUGUGGUCUCACCGCACAUGCAUGUGGUCUCACCGCACAUGCAUGUGGUCUCACCGCACAUGCAUGUGGUCUCACCGCACAUGCAUGUGGUCUCACCGCACAUGCAUGUGGUCUCACCGCACAUGCAUGUGGUCUCACCGCACAUGCAUGUGGUCUCACCGCACAUGCAUGUGGUCUCAUCUCAUCUCCACCCGUCCCGUGUGCUGUCGUCUCCACACAUCUUCUCAGUAGCCCAGCCCGCCGCGCAGAACGCCUCUGGUGCUCCCGUGCUGCCGGCGGUGGUGGUGAGGGCGAGCAGGCUGAGCGAGCACGCUGUGGUGCUCACGUGGGAGGUCACCACGCCGCUGCUCUUCCCCGAUGGCGUUGACUUCACGCUGCGGAUAGCAGACAAUGCAUCGGGGUGGUACGGCGGUGGAGAGCGGUUCAAUGCGGUGAACCAGAAGGGCAACGUAUUGCCCAUGUUUUCGUUUGACCGCUUCACUGACGUCCCUGCGCAGCGCAGCUACAAGCCGGUGCCGUUUGUGAUGAGCAGCAGCGGGUACGGCGUGUGGGUGCAGUCCUACGCCAACGGCUCCUUCAGCCUCGGCACCCCCGACGAGCCUGACAUGCUGGCCAUACGGUACAGGGAGCAGCAGCUGCGAGUGGUGUUCAUCUCGGGCCCCUCGCUGCUCGCAGUGCUCUCUGAGUUCACACGCCUCUCCGCGCGCCCCUCCAUGCCGCCCGACUGGGCCUUUGCACCCUGGAAGGGCCGAGACGUGCACUUCAACUGCUCACAGGUAUUGGAAGAUGCGGAGAAGCUGCGGCAGCAGGGCAUACCAGGGUCGGUGAUUCUCAUCGACAGCCCGUGGGAGACGAGCUACAACGACUUCACCAUCAACCGCCACCAAUUUGACGACCCGGAGGAUAUGUUCCUGCGCCUUGAAGAGCUGGGAGCUGGGGUGAGUUGCGCCUUGAAGAGCUGGGGUGAGUUGCGCCUUGAAGAGCUGGGAGCUGGGGUGAGUUGCGCCUUGAAGAGCUGGGGUGAGUUGCGCCUUGAAGAGCUGGGAGCUGGGGUGAGUUGCGCCUUGAAGAGCUGGGGUGAGUUGCGCCUUGAAGAGCUGGGAGCUGGGGUGAGUUGCGCCUUGAAGAGCUGGGGUGAGUUGCGCCUUGAAGAGCUGGGAGCUGGGGUGAGUUGCGCCUUGAAGAGCUGGGGUGAGUUGCGCCUUGAACAGCUGGGAGCUGGGGUGAGUUGCGCCUUGAAGAGCUGGGGUGAGUUGCGCCUUGAAGAGCUGGGAGCUGGGGUGAGUUGCGCCUUGAAGAGCUGGGGUGAGUUGCGCCUUGAAGAGCUGGGAGCUGGGGUGAGUUGCGCCUUGAAGAGCUGGGGUGAGUUGCGCCUUGAAGAGCUGGGAGCUGGGGUGAGUUGCGCCUUGAACAGCAGAGCUGGGGUGAGUUGCGCCUUGAAGAGCUGGGGUGAGUUGCGCCUUGAAGAGCUGGGAGCUGGGGUGAGUUGCGCCUUGAAGAGCUGGGGUGAGUUGCGCCUUGAAGAGCUGGGAGCUGGGGUGAGUUGCGCCUUGAAGAGCUGGGGUGAGUUGCGCCUUGAAGAGCUGGGAGCUGGGGUGAGUUGCGCCUUGAAGAGCUGGGGUGAGUUGCGCCUUGAAGAGCUGGGAGCUAGGGUGAGUUGCGCCUUGAAGAGCUGGGGUGAGUUGCGCCUUGAACAGCUGGGAGCUGGGGUGAGUUGCGCCUUGAAGAGCUGGGGUGAGUUGCGCCUUGAAGAGCUGGGAGCUGGGGUGAGUUGCGCCUUGAAGAGCUGGGGUGAGUUGCGCCUUGAACAGCUGGGAGCUGGGGUGAGUUGCGCCUUGAAGAGCUGGGGUGAGUUGCGCCUUGAAGAGCUGGGAGCUGGGGUGAGUUGCGCCUUGAAGAGCUGGGGUGAGUUGCGCCUUGAAGAGCUGGGAGCUGGGGUGAGUUGCGCCUUGAAGAGCUGGGGUGAGUUGCGCCUUGAAGAGCUGGGAGCUGGGGUGAGUUGCGCCUUGAACAGCAGAGCUGGGGUGAGUUGCGCCUUGAAGAGCUGGGGUGAGUUGCGCCUUGAAGAGCUGGGAGCUGGGGUGAGUUGCGCCUUGAAGAGCUGGGGUGAGUUGCGCCUUGAAGAGCUGGGAGCUGGGGUGAGUUGCGCCUUGAAGAGCUGGGGUGAGUUGCGCCUUGAAGAGCUGGGAGCUGGGGUGAGUUGCGCCUUGAAGAGCUGGGGUGAGUUGCGCCUUGAAGAGCUGGGAGCUGGGGUGAGUUGCGCCUUGAAGAGCUGGGGUGAGUUGCGCCUUGAAGAGCUGGGAGCUGGGGUGAGUUGCGCCUUGAACAGCAGAGCUGGGGUGAGUUGCGCCUUGAAGAGCUGGGGUGAGUUGCGCCUUGAAGAGCUGGGAGCUGGGGUGAGUUGCCCCUUGAAGAGCUGGGGUGAGUUGCGCCUUGAAGAGCUGGGAGCUGGGGUGAGUUGCGCCUUGAAGAGCUGGGGUGAGUUGCGCCUUGAAGAGCUGGGAGCUGGGGUGAGUUGCGCCUUGAAGAGCAGGGGUGAGUUGCGCCUUGAACAGCUGGGCUGGGGUGAGUUGCGCCUUGAAGAGCUGGGAGCUGGGGUGAGUUGCGCCUUGAAGAGCUGGGGUGAGUUGCGCCUUGAACAGCAGAGCUGGGGUGAGUUGCGCCUUGAAGAGCUGGGAGCUGGGGUGAGUUGCGCCUUGAAGAGCUGGGGUGAGUUGCGCCUUGAAGAGCUGGGAGCUGGGGUGAGUUGCGCCUUGAAGAGCUGGGUUGAGUUGCGCCUUGAAGAGCUGGGAGCUGGGGUGAGUUGCGCCUUGAAGAGCUGGGGUGAGUUGCGCCUUGAAGAGCUGGGAGCUGGGGUGAGUUGCGCCUUGAAGAGCUGGGGUGAGUUGCGCCUUGAAGAGCUGGGAGCUGGGGUGAGUUGCCCCUUGAAGAGCUGGGGUGAGUUGCGCCUUGAAGAGCUGGGAGCUGGGGUGAGUUGCGCCUUGAAGAGCUGGGGUGAGUUGCGCCUUGAAGAGCUGGGAGCUGGGGUGAGUUGCGCCUUGAAGAGCUGGGGUGAGUUGCGCCUUGAAGAGCUGGGCUGGGGUGAGUUGCGCCUUGAAAAGCUGGGCUGGGGUGAGUUGCGCCUUGAAUUGAAGAGCUGGGGUGAGUUGCGCCUUGAAGAGCUGGGAGCUGGGGUGAGUUGCGCCUUGAAGAGCUGGGGUGAGUUGCGCCUUGAAGAGCUGGGAGCUGGGGUGAGUUGCGCCUUGAAGAGCUGGGGUGAGUUGCGCCUUGAAGAGCUGGGAGCUGGGGUGAGUUGCGCCUUGAAGAGCUGGGGUGAGUUGCGACUUGAAGAGCUGGGCUGGGGUGAGUUGCGCCUUGAACAGCUGGGAGCUGGGGUGAGUUGCACCUUGAAGAGCUGGGGUGAGUUGCGCCUUGAAGAGCUGGGAGCCGGGGUGAGUUGCGCCUUGAAGAGCUGGGGUGAGUUGCGCCUUGAAGAGCUGGGAGCUGGGGUGAGUUGCGCCUUGAAGAGUAGGGGUGAGUUGGGCCUUGAAGAGCUGGGAGCUGGGGUGAGUUGCGCCUUGAAGAGCUGGGGUGAGUUGCGCCUUGAAGAGCUGGGAGCUGGGGUGAGUUUCGCCUUGAAGAGCUGGGGUGAGUUGCGCCUUGAAGAGCUGGGAGCUGGGGUGAGUUGCGCCUUGAAGAGCUGGGGUGAGUUGCGCCUUGAAGAGCUGGGAGCUGGGGUGAGUUGCGCCUUGAAGAGCUGGGGUGAGUUGCGCCUUGAAGAGCUGGGAGUAGGGGUGAGUUGGGCCUUGAAGAGCUGGGGUGAGUUGCGCCUUGAAUUGAAGAGCUGGGGUGAGUUGCGCCUUCAAGAGCUGGGAGCUGGGGUGAGUUGCGCCUUGAAGAGCUGGGGUGAGUUGCGCCUUGAAGAGCUGGGAGCUGGGGUGAGUUGCGCCUUGAAGAGCUGGGGUGAGUUGCGCCUUGAAUUGAAGAGCUGGGGUGAGUUGCGCCUUGAAGAGCUGGGAGCUGGGGUGAGUUGCGCCUUGAAGAGUAGGGGUGAGUUGGGCCUUGAAGAGCUGGGAGCUGGGGUGAGUUGCGCCUUGAAGAGCUGGGGUGAGUUGCGCCUUGAAGAGCUGGGAGCUGGGGUGAGUUGCGCCUUGAAGAGCUGGGGUGAGUUGCGCCUUGAAGAGCUGGGAGCUGGGGUGAGUUUCGCCUUGAAGAGCUGGGGUGAGUUGCGCCUUGAAGAGCUGGGCAGAGCUGGGGUGAGUUGCGCCUUGAAGAGCUGGGGUGAGUUGCGCCUUGAAGAGCUGGGGUUGCGCCUUGAAGAGUUGGGCUGGGGUGAGUUGCGCCUUGAAGAGCUGGGAGCUGGGGUGAGUUGCGCCUUGAAGAGCUGGGGUGAGUUGCGCCUUGAAGAGCUGGGCAGAGCUGGGGUGAGUUGCGCCUUGAAGAGCUGGGGUGAGUUGCGCCUUGAAGAGCUGGGAGCUGGGGUGAGUUGCGCCUUGAAGAGCUUGGGUGAGUUGCGCCUUGAAGAGCUGGGAGCUGGGGUGAGUUUCGCCUUGAAGAGCUGGGGUGAGUGGGUGAGUUGCGCCUUGAAGAGCUGGGGUGAGUUGCGCCUUGAAGAGCUGGGCUUCUACAACAUCUUCUGGGCGACGCCCUUCAUCAACCACGCCAACCGAGUGGACAUGCCCGGCAUCACUGUGGGGCCCGCUGCCAUCUUCGACGAAGCUGACAAGAAGGGCUUCCUCGUGCAGCAGGAGGGGGGCGGCUCGCAGGUGAGGGGGGUGGACUCACAGAUAGUGAAGUGGUGGAAGGGCGAGGGCGGGCGGGUGGACUUCACGAGCGAGGCAGCGGUGGCGUUCUGGCAGGCGGCGAUGAACGCCACGCUGCAGUGGCCCACGGCGCGCGGCUUCAAGUGUGACGACGGCGAGGGCAACUACUUCCUGCCCGGCGCUACCUUCCACGACGGCUCGCCCCUCUCAGUCAUGAAGACAAGGUACGUGGAGGUGUAUCUGGCUGCCAUGGCAGCGUUCAUAGACAAGUACCUGCAGGGGGACGGGGUGCUCAUGGCCAGAAGUGGCUUCACCGGCACCGGCAAGUCGUUCGUGUGGGCGGGCGACCAGCGCGCCAACUGGAACCGCACGGAGGGCUUCCCGUCGGUGAUCAUGGCGGGGCAGACGGCAGCGCUGUCGGGGUUCUUCCUGUGGGGCAGCGACAUCGCGGGGUACUUCGGCAAGAGCAUCGACAAAGAGCUCUUCAUCCGCUGGUCCCAGUUCGGCGCCCUGUCCCCGCUGAUGCAUCAGUUCGGGCAGGCCAACAACGGCCCGUGGGACUACGAUGCCCUCACGCUGCGCAUCUACCGCCGCUUCGCCCGCCUGCACAUGGCGCUCUUCCCCUACCUCAAGGCCGCCGCACUCGCCAGCGCCACGGCAGGCCACCCCAUCCUCUGCGCCAUGCCCCUCUGCUUCGAGGGCGACCCCGAGGCUGCCUCCCCGCAGUGGCAGUGGCAGUACAGGUUCGGUCCGGACCUGCUGGUGGCUCCGGUGUACGAGGCAGGGGUGACGCGGGCGACGGUGUACCUGCCUGGGGGCAGCGCGUGGGUGCACUUCUGGGCGCCCAACGGUGUGCCCCUGCAGGGCGGGGCAGCUGUGCAGGUGGCGGUGCCACUGCAUGAGACGGCGCUGUACGUGCGGGCGGGGGCGCUGAUAGAGAGUAUUGAGGAGGACGUGGACACGCUGGUGCCGCCCUCCGACAAGCUGCACCCCGACGUCAAGACCAUCGGCAGUGUGCGCAUCCUGCAGGUGUGGCCGGGCAUCCCCUCGCACCCAUCAUCGCUGCAAUCGCUGCUCGCCCCCUUCCACGCCACGCUCACCGCGCGCCCCGUGCCGCAGGCGCACGGCCGGCACCGUGUGGUGCUGCAGCUGCGGGCGAGUGAGCGAGUGGAGCUGUCGCUGCGAUUCAUGCACGGCCAGCGCCUGCGCCAGCCCAGUGUGCGGCGCAGCAAGCGCGAGCAGGUGGGAGUGGCAUGUGCGGCGGGCAACUACCUGGGCGUGGAGGGGCUGCACUGCGCCCUCGUGCUGGAGGCGGGGGUCACCGAGGUGGCGUGGGAGUACGGCGAGUGA